CGUGCCCCGAGUCAGCUGUUCGCCCCGGCUCAGCUGAGCGCCGUGGAGCCUGCGCAAGGCGGAGACUGAGGCAGGGGAGGGAGAAGAUGGCGGAGGCAGAGGUUUGGAGUACGUCCUAAAUUGGAAGAGUUAAAAUACUGACUGCAAGUGGAUCCUCCCCAGUCACACUGGUGGAUAUUACCUAGUGCGUCAUGGCAGAAAGCGAUGCAGCACCAACCAUAUCAAAAAAGUGUGGUCCAUACAUUUCGUCUGUAACCAGUCAUGGCAUAAACUUGGUGAUACGUGGAUUAGUGCUGUUCUUUAUUGGCGUGUUUCUUGCAUUAGUGUUAAACUUGCUACAGAUUCAGAGAAAUGUCACACUCUUUCCACCAGAUGUGAUCACAAGCAUCUUCUCUUCAGCUUGGUGGGUACCACCUUGCUGUGGCACAGCCUCAGCUGUGAUUGGGUUGUUGUAUCCCUGCAUGGACAGACAUCUGGGAGAGCCACAUAAAUUUAAGAGAGAAUGGUCCAGUGUAAUGCGAUGUGUAGCAGUCUUUGUGGGUAUCAAUCAUGCUAGUGCUAAAGUGGAUUUUGCCAACAACAUACAGUUGUCUCUUACACUUGCAGCGCUUUCAAUUGGACUAUGGUGGACCUUUGAUAGAUCACGAAGUGGCUUUGGUCUUGGAAUAGGAAUUGCUUUUCUGGCCACCUUGGUAUCACAGCUUCUGGUCUACAAUGGGGUUUACCAAUAUACAUCUCCAGAUUUCCUUUAUGUUCGUUCCUGGUUACCAUGUAUAUUUUUUGCUGGUGGCAUUACUGUGGGGAACAUUGGUAGGCAGCUGGCAAUGGACACCAAGGCUACCUCCUGAAACGAGAAAUGUCCUUGAACAAUUGAACAGCAGAGAAAACCAGCUGGAGCCUGUUGCUUCUUAUUUUUUCACCUUUUUAGGAUUCUGAACAUCUGUUUGUGAAUGUGUCUGAUCACUAGAUGGGAAUUUAAAGCAAAUACACCAUUCACUAUUUUUAGCGCAGUGCAGGCCUUUAAAAAUUACCCAUACGUCUACUGCAAACCAAGCAAACAAACAACGUAUUUGGAACCAGAAAACCCCCAAAUCCAAAAUAUCGUGAGUGGCUUUAACAUUGUUGUCCAAAGCAUAUGAAAUACAACAUUUUGGAGUUGGUAAUUGCUUUUAGUGAAAUCUCUGAAACCCAUAGAUUUAUAUUUGUUCAGUUUCCUUUAAAAUGGAUCGGUAUAGCUGCUUCUAUUUUUUUACACAGAUUUCUGAGAAGGUGAUAUUUGCCUAUACAGUUGUAUUUUUUUAUUUUAUUAUAUAAAAGAUUCUAACUGUUGAUUUAUUAUGUAUGGAACAAAUUGUGUCUUUGAAACAUGCUAUAGUAUAAUGACUUGAGUUAGCACCGAAGAUACAUAUGCAGGGACUAGCAGUCAAUUUUGACUCAGAGUAGAUAAUACACCAACUGUGUAUUAAGUUUAAUGUAGAUUAAUGUGAGUUGCUUCCCUUUGCAUGUAUGUACACAGGUACAAAUAAUUAAGAUUAAUUUCCACUAGAUAUAAUGGCUCUCAUUGUGCACGGUGCCAUAAAAUUCUUCUUUAAUAGCUAUUAAUUGGAUGUAUUCGCUUUGAUGGUAAAGUCCUGAUUAGUCUUGUUACCCUACAGUCCCUGUCCCCCUCCCUUAGCCCACUUUUGUGCUUAGGGAAAGAUUUACAAGAAGAGAGUCACAGCUAUGCAGUUUAUUAGCAAAAAAUCAAUACAUGUAUGCUUUCCUCCUACACAUAUAAAAGGUUCUACAAAACAUAGUGACUCUGCAUAGUGUUAAAAGGAAAGACAUGGGACAUGUUUCCAUUGCUUUAUUCCCCAUCCUCCUUCCCUCAUACAGAACUUUCACAAGGAACAAUUCACAGUUUUUGCUGGGUUUCCUUUUACAUCUUUGUUUUCUUCCUUUGGCUUCUGUAUGGGAUAGGAAUCUCAGGAUUACUCAGUGGUAACAUAACACCAUACACUGAGAGUUUACUGGUGCCAAGCUAUAAGAUGCAAGACUGAAGUGAACAAUCUCUUUUAUUGGCUGGUCCCAAAUAUUUUUUUUUGGAAAAGAUUCAGUCAUUUUCCUCCCCCCAUCUCCAUUCUUUGACCUACUUGCAAUCCUAGGCACUAGGCCAGAAUCUCUUCUGGUACUAGCCAAUGUAGCUUCAUUGACAUCUGUGGCACUAUUCUGAUUUACAUCAGCUGAGGAUUUGGCCUAGGUUUUUUUUGUUUUUGGUUUUAUAAUAAUAUUUUUUUACAAAUGUUAAUUACAGAUGGGUAAAGUCACAUAGAAGCUAAUGUCUAAGGCCAACCCUUUCAAAUCAGGGUCACCCAGAGCAGGGGGCAAGUGGGGCAAUUUUCCCCAGACCCCACAGGGGCCCCGUGAGCCCUGGCCCAGUGGCAGUCCGGGUCUUUGGUGGCAUUUCAGCGGCGAGGGGCCCUUCAGUGCUGACAAAGACGAGGAGUGACUGAAGGCCCCCUUGCCACUGAAGACCUGUACCGCUGCCAGGUGAGUACAAGCACCACAGCUCCCUCACUUUGCCCCAGGCCCCCUGAAUCCUCUGGGCGGCCCUGUUUCAAAUUUUGGUUCCUAAAUACGGGGCAUCUAAUCAAGUGGCUUCUAUAGAUUUUCAGUGGUGCUGAGCUUCUGAAGGCAGUAACAGAUGCAGGAGGUCAGCAGCUCAGGAAAUCAGGCAAAUUAUUUUGUUGCCUAAGUAUGGAUUCAGGAACCUAACUUUAAGCCCCCAAGUUUGAAAAUAUCAGCCAUUUUUAGAUGCGUAUGUGUGUGUAAAAAUUUGCAUGCAUUUUUUUUCAUGCUUGAAUUGCACUUGCAAAACGCUCAGGGCAAAUGUACAACUGCAGCUUGUAUGUGUGCAUUGGGCAUUGUGUGCCUGGAACAUUUGUGUGCACUUUUAAAUAAUUAGGCCUGAAUCCCAGGAUUCUUCCAUUACAGUUUGCUGCUCUCGCAACUUUCCCACACUAACACAAAUCCUCUGUACUGUCAUAUUAUUAAAACACUGUCCUGAUGCCUUCCUUUUUGGUGAUUAAGGAAUAACUACCAUGCCAUAGGGUUAUGGGUAGCAAUAAACAGACUUUGGGGUUAACAAAUUAAGAUUUGGGAUAAGUGGUGCUAUUCUAUGCACUCCUGGACAUUCAGGCUAUGUCUGCACUUAUGGCAGCAUGUAGAAUAUGGGCACUACAUGUGUAGCUACAUGCCACAUUGAAAAGCACACUGGCACAGAAGUAUGCAGCUACACCUGGCAGUGAAAGACUGUGGCAGCAAGGAGACAAUGGGGAAAGGCUCCAGCAGUGGGGCACUAUUUUGCUAAAAAUAGUAUAAAUGUGGGAGGUACAGUUUGGGUAUGUAGAGAGCCAUGUAGGCUCAAUACCAUAGGAUUCAGGCAUGUGGGCACUCUACUUGUUUAAGCCAUGCCACACCGUCUACACUGCUACUUAUACCCAUGCUAGCUGGGCAUGCAGUUUUUGUGCUUGUGGAAGAAAACAGAGUCUUCACUCUUAGGUUGGUUGCAAUAAGUCAGAGACAGUUUAUUUUCCUGACACUUGCAAGGUGGGGAGGGUACAUCCGGACAGGGGUUUCCCCCCGUCCCAGGCAGGUCUCCGUUACAUAAACAAUUAGGGCAAGCAUUUAUACCUUGUGUUACAGAUAAUAAUGAUCAACAACCGCAUUUGUUUAUACAUAUUCCUUCUGAUAUCUUAUUUUUCUCAGCAGUUCCUGCUACAGUCUGUAUUCCUUUCUUAUCUAACACAAGGUCAAAAAACAGUAUUUCUUACAGUAUUUUUUUUGUUCCACUCGCCCAGGCCCUACCUAAAAUCUCGCAUUAUUAGAGCUAGUGUUAGCCUAACUCUUACUUUAUUCCUAAAAGUUAAGAUAUCUGCGUUCAAAUCCCCUUUAUCCUUUUCUCUGUUUCCACAUGCUCUACAUGUCACUGUAGGCAUAGACGUGUCUUCAGUUUAGUCAAGUCUUGAUUUGGCCCUUACUUUUACAUGCCUUGCUCUGUACUGUUGUAAAGUCGGUGGACAGUAAUUAAAGGAGUUGCAAAUGCCAGGAGAGUUUGUCCCCAAUCAGUACAGCUGAAGGAGGAGGUUUCAUAGAUUACAAAUCUGGAGGGGACCACUGUGACCAUCUAGUCUGAUCUGUGUAACACAGGCCACUGGAUUUCCCCAAAUUAAUUCCUC